GUCAGAGUCGUUUUUUGUAACAGGCCAUACAAUUGUUUGAAAAAAAGAAAUCUUUUUUCAAGUAACUUCUGUAUCAAUACGUAAGCUUGUAUACUCAUAAAUAACAAGGGCUUUACGCGUGGUACUGUCUUUCUGCAAUAGUUUCUUUUGUUUGUCUACAAAAUUGAACGGUUCACUUGUGUGAAACGGUUUCUUCAAUAAUUGAGAGACUGCACAUCAUUUACAACACUUGGCGUCUCUAAAACAAAUUUGACUGUUUAUUUCUCUUCUUGUUCUUCAUUUGCAUUUUCUACAAGAGUGAAAUAUAUUAAUAUAACAGCUGCAAAAAUAUUAUGUGCCAUAAAGCAAAAAUGCUAAAAAAAGAUUCUUCUGCCGCGGGAUUUCUAAAAAAAAGUGAUUUUUAUGGACCCGUAACAGCUAUUUGUUCCAUAAAGAAUGGCAAGUUUAUAUGUGCUGCCCAAGGUCCUUGGAUCAAACUUUAUGAUUCUAAUAGGAAAGUUACUAGUAUUCAUUCCGGUUUUCAACGCAACAAGAUACACGGAAUCAAGGAUUUUUUGGAUAACAAAGUUAUCUUAUGGGGAGCAACGAGCUUUGGUAUACUUGAUAUUGAAACUGAAGCGUGUGCAACAUAUCAAUGCUCAUACUGGAUUCACGAUAUAAUUGCCCUAUCUUCUACUCAGCUUUUACUUGUAACUGCAAAAAAUCAAGUCCUUUUUUAUUCCAGCAGUCCGAACGGAAAAUGGGAACAUACCAAAACUAUCACAUGCCAGAAAACACCAGUAUUAUUUUGUGCUUCGCUGGCGUUUUAUGAUAACCAUGUCUGGGUUGCCUCGGCUUCUGCUUUUCGAGAGAUCCUUCUAUGGUCAUUUCCGUUAACUUCUGAAGAUCACUAUGAAGUACCGGUAACGGCAAUUCUUCGCGGACAUGACGGAGCUUGCUUCGAUUUAAAGUUCAGUAAAGAUUUCUCUACUCUCUGUUCUGUGUCUGAGGACCGUUCUGUUCGACUUUGGGAUUUGAAAACAAACAAUUGUAUUGGCACAGGAUAUGGACAUACAGCACGUGUGUGGAGAGCAAUAAUUUUGGAAAAUGGUUCCCUUGCGUCCGUUUCAGAGGAUGCAACUCUUAGAAUUUGGAAUUUAAAAGGAGAUAAACUUGUACAAGAGAAAACAUUUGAGGGUCACGGUGGUAAACACAUAUGGUGUGUCACAGAAAAUGAAGCUACAAAACAGCUGUUCACUGGCGGAAACGAUGGUGCCAUUCGAGCGUGGAAAUUGGUUACCCCAUCACAUAGUCAAGAUAUUGACCUGAAGGGCAUUUUCCCCUCCAAAACUAUCCCGACAUCCAUCUGUUUUAAAAAUACUGGCAAUCUCCUAUGUAUAUCUAAGGCUGGUGAAUUAUCAUCUAUAUCAGACAAAGAGCAAAAGUUGCUGAGCGUGUUACCAGAAGCAUCGUCAUGCGCUGUCCUUGCUUCUUGGUCCCAGAGUCCAUACAUUGCAAUUGGUACACGGUUGGGAACAGUAAUCGUCGGCAGUGUAACAUCAGUUGGAUUUCAGAAUUUGCACUCUUUAAAACUCACGGAUAAAAAAAUUCUACAGUUACUAACAUGCGCUACAGAUGCAUCGCUCUAUCUGUACGUCAAGUCUCCUAUAGGAAAAAAUAAGUUUCGUGUCGGCCUUCAGCAAUUUAAACAAGACGAGAAAAGUCUUCAAUACGUCAGUGAACAAACGUUAGAAAUGCCAGAAAGUUUUGAGCCGGUUUCUUUUAUGGUUUCCGAGAAUCCUGGUCUGUAUAUUUUGGGAUCUAAGACAGGAUCCUUGGCCAUAUUUGACAAAAACACGAGUUCGUUCAUUCAUGUUUGGCGUGGAGUUCAUAAAUAUGAAUCCCUUUACAAUAUUAUAAUUGAGUCUUCACAAGAAAGACAAUUGCUCUUAACUACUGUUGGCCGUGAUGCGAUGAAAAAGCUGUCACUCAAACAUUCUAAAGCCGAAGGUUGGACCUUAGACACACUUGUGCUUAGGAAGCCUCAUAAAGGAUUUUUCGCCGGUGGUGCACUCAACGCUGACCGCGUCUCGUAUACUCUGUGGGGUUUCUACUCAUCGGAAUUCUUCGUCUACAAUGAGUCUUCAAAUGUAGAAUCAUAUAGCAUUGAAUGCGGUGGAAGCCAUCGUUUAUGGGGUUGCUGUUUUGAAGAAAACAAUCAGUCAUUUGCUUUUGUGAAAUCAUCGAUCCUUCACUAUAAGCAAUUCAAUGUCUCCACAAAAUAUUCCCAAUAUUGCAUACAAGAAGGACUUCAUGGACGCGAGGUCAGAGAGCUUUGUAUUGAGCCUUCGCGAAUGUUAAUGGCUACUGGAGCAGAAGACACACAGAUUAUACUUUCACAAUUAUAUCCUUCUACGAAUAACAUUCGUGUUCUGGGGGCUACUAAAGUUCACAAUACAGGAAUCCAAUCAUUGCAGUGGUUUAAUGACCAACUUUUAUUCAGUAGUGCUGGUCUUAACGAACUUUUUGCUUUCUCGGUACCUCAAGAUGUUAACGCCUUAACUCAUGAAGACCGUCAAAAGACGCUUUUGCUAACAUCUACGUGUACUGCUGAAGAUUUGAAAGAUGUUGAUCUCAGAGUUAUGGACUUCGCUAUUACUCAGGAUAAGACUGACAACAAUUGUCUUUGGCUAACGGCUGUGUAUUCCGAUUCAUCUCUUCGUUUAUGGAUCUAUAACCUCACGGAAAAAGAAUUUCGUCUGUACAAGAGUUGGAAGUAUAAGUCCUCUUGUCUACUUCAGAUCAAGCAAUUUGUUUUUCGUGACGAGGUUUACGCUCUCGUCGCCUCUACAGACGGUCAUAUUAUGAUUUGGAACCUCCAAUGUAAAGAGAAAGAUGCCAAUCCGAUUCUUGUUUGGAGGAAGGCCAUUCAUCAAUCCGGUAUAUUAGGAAUUGAUCUUCGUAUCCAGGAAGAAUCCGAAAAGAAAUUGCUGCUAACAUUAGCAACCGGUGGAGAUGAUGGUAGUGUUUCUCUAUUACAAUUAUCUAUUAAAUGGUCUGAUGCACUCCAUAUUGUUAUAUUCAUGGAGUUACUUCACACAACUUUCCCGGAGGCACAUGCAUCUUCUGUUACUGGUAUAAUUCUUUUAUCUAACGAAAAAUUCAUUUCUGCUUCUAUAGAUCAACGACUUGUUCUUUGGCAUAACGAGUGUAACGAGUUAAUGAAGGUUGGAGAACAUUACACCUUUGUUCCGGACGUCUGUGGUAUUACAAAAUAUAAGGAUCUUGUUAUUGCACAUGGUUUGGGUCUCGAAGUUUUUGAAUUACAGUUAUAGAUGGAUUACUAAGUUAAUAAAAUUGUGGUACGAAUGUCUUUGUCUUUCUAGUGUCACUUGUAUUGUCUUUGUCUGUAUUGCUUAACAAUUCUUUGUUCUGACAAAUUUCUUUG